GUCACGAGCGUGUUUGUAAACACCAUCAUUAGCCUUAUAAUCAGAGAUGCUGCUUUCACACGACCUGACUUAUAAUGCGCAUGAAGACUACCAUCUCCAGUUGAACAUAGGUGUUAUUACUGAGCGAUGCAUCAGCAGAAGAGACUAACUUGAAUGAAGGUAUAAAGGAUUGUGUUUAGCCAGCAUGCUAGUUCACCCUAAGCCAAGGAACAACGGUUAGUCAGCUAUUUUAUAAUACAGUACACACUGAACCCAAGAGCUGGUCAAGAUGCCUUGGCCAUUUUCUGAGUCUAUUAAGAAGCGGGCCUGCAGGUACCUGCUGCAUCGAUAUCUUGGAAAUUUUCUCCAGGAGAAGCUCAGUUUGGACCAGCUUAGUCUGGACCUCUAUCAAGGCACGGGCUCACUUGCUCAAGUGCCGCUGGACAAAUGGUCCCUGAAUGAGAUCCUGGAGUCUGUGGAUGCACCAUUUGAGGUGAGUGAGGGCUUCAUCCAGGCCAUUUCUCUCACUGUGCCAUGGGCCUCACUGCUCCAGGACAACUGCGCACUGGAAGUGAGGGGCUUGGAGAUGGUGUUCAGGCCAAGACCUCGAAUAGCAUCAGGCAUGGAGCCCAUGUGCUGGUCCAGCUUUAUGACCAGCAGUAUGCAGCUGGCCAAAGAGUGUCUAAGCCAAAGACUCACUGAUGAACAGGGAGAGAGCUUCCAACCUCUGGAGGGUCUGGAAAAGUUUGCCGAGACUAUUGAGACAGUGUUGAGAAGAGUCAAGGUCACUUUUGUGGAUACUGUCCUGCGGAUGGAACACAUUCCUGAAAAUUCUAAAACUGGCAUUGCCCUCGAACUUCGAAUCAAUAAAAUGGUUUACUGUGAUGAGAGUGUGGAGGAGGGCUCCAGUGUCAAUAUCCAUCAGCCUACUACAUUUGCACAUAAAAACCUCACUCUGGACGGAGCUUCUGUGUUCUGGGAUGAGUUUUCAGAGUCAGCACGUGCUGGCCCUAAAUCAUCCCCCACUCAAACAGAGGUUGAACCCAAGCUUUCACCAAGUUGGAACCCAAAAAUCAUCUGUGAGCCUCACCCUCAGUUCCCAGAGCCCGUGUCUUCCAGUACACCAUUCGAACCAGUGCAGGUGUGCUGCCUUAGUGGGAAACUGGAGCUGUCCGUGGUUCUGAAGCAGAAUGAAGCUAUGCCCGGAGCUAAGUUGGAUAUUGACGGGCAGUUUGAUUCUCUAAUCAUGCUGCUCUCACCACAACAAGUCCACCUCUUACUGGACAUGUUUGGGGUCUUCUCCAGCUCAGCCGGGCAGGAGUGGUCUGCAAUAGGAAAGGACAGAAAGAGUCGGCCCAUGCAGCAGGAGGAUGAGUAUCGCCUCCACAUGGAGCUCAACCGCUGCCUGAAGAAAGACACCAUAACAGGUGCCACUGACCAGGACCUGUUUGAAAGCCAGACCACCAGAACGGUGUCCAGCAGAGAGGACGUCUUUUUCUCCAUGGCUGAUAUGGACAUGUCACAUAGCCUAUCAUCUCUGCCUCCUCUUGGGGAUCCACCCACGGUGGAUCUGGAUUUGUCUGUAAAUAGCAACUACUCCGCCUCCCUGGGGGAGUCGCCAUCUGGAAAUGUAACUACGGUGUGGGAUGAAUACAUGGAUGUUCCUAGACAGAAGGAGAAACAGAUAAAUGAAACACCUCAACUUUCUAGAGAUUCUCAGCUUACCCACAAGUUGAUACGGCAGACAUCUCAUCCUUCUAAAGGCCAUUGUGACGAGUCCAGGCCUGAGCUGGUUCUCAGGCUGACAGUGGGCAAUCUCUGCCUGUCUGUUCUCCAUAUCGAUCCCCUCCCACCUUCAGACUCCUCCCGCAGCCAUCUUGCACCAAUGGCCUCAGAGUUUUUCCGUAUUCUGUCUGUAAAUCAACUCCCUGCUGGUGGUUUCCUCCAAUCACGAACUGUCUUUGAUGAAGCCUGUCCACAUGAUCAUCUCAGGUUCAUUGGUCAGGGAUUAAAGGUGACAUACGAGCACUGCCAAGGCUCCAGUGUACGUACGCUGAACACGGAUCUCACUCUGAGUCAGGUGGAGCUUUUGGAAUGCCUGUACUCUACUGACAGCCACACUACACAGAGUGGAGCCCAGUACACAGAGCUUCUUGCAUUUGAUGUCCCAGCCAGUAGUGAGUCUCCCCCUCCUACAUGCCUACAUUUACACUACAAACUAACAGAACGCAGAGGCCCACAGGGUGGGCAGGUACGCCUGAGUACUGUACCUCGCAAGGCAGAUUUGCAGGUGGAGCUGGGUAAAGUGCGCUCAGAGUGUGACGUCAGCAUUGUGGACAGGCUCAACUCCCUACUACAGCCUCAGAAACUGGUUACAACAGAGAUGAUGGCAUCUCACAUGUACACCUCCUACAAUAAACAUGUCAGUCUGCACAAAGCCUUUGCAGAGGUCUUCCUGGAUGAUAGUCGCACCCCAGCGCACUGCCACGUGUCUGUGUCAAUAAAUGCACCUCUACUGGUGCUAGUGGUGCGGUUUCCAAUCCCAGACCUGCGCUCCGAUCAGGAAAGGGGCCCCUGGUUUAAGAAGUCCCUGCAGAAAGAGCUGCUGCAGCUGGAGCUGGAGGAUCUGGAGCUUAAAACGGAGUUCACUGGAGGAAACUCAUCAGAGCAGACCAAGAUGGAGCUCACUUUCAAAGAGCUCAGCGGGUCAUUCCAAAAAGACAAAGAUCACCCUGCAGCCAGGUUCUUACGAGUAGCUAACACCAUGGAGGAGGAUAUGACAUCGUCUGACUGUGGCAAAUUCGACUGGCCCAGAGUGGUUUUGAAGGUGAACCCCAAGGCUGUGCGCUCCAUCUUAGAGCGUGUAACAGCUGAGGAAGAGGAAGAAGAAGCAGACGGUCACUCACAGGAGGAAGAGGAGGAAGAAGAAGGAGCCGCCCACUCCCUGAAGGAUGUGUGCGAUUUUGGCAAACCUGAGCCAUCCCCUUUCUCCUCACGACGUGUCAUGUAUGAGAAUGAGGAGAUGGUCAUCCCAGGAGACGUGGUGGAGAUGACGGAAUUCCAAGAUAAAACCAUAAGCAACUCCCGCUACAUCCUUGAGCUGUUUUUCCCUAACGUGCAGCUCUCUUUGCCCAAUAAAGACUUUUAUGAGAAACUACACAACAGGAUUAAUAACGACCUGCUGCUAUGGGAACCCACAGCUCCAUCUCCAGUCGAGACAGUGGAGAACAUCCCAUAUGGGGUGGGCCUGUCUGUAGCCAGUCAACUCAUCAACACGUACAGUAAAGACAGCUUCAGUCAGUUUAGAUCUACUGGCCCAGAGGAGGAAGAGAGUGGUUCUGAGGAAGAGACUCUGCAGUAUUACACCCCUGCUGAACUGGGUUAUAGGAACAGAAGGAAGAAGAGGAGUAAGAUGCAGCCUAAGAACUCUCAGAGCCUCUUUUCCAUCGUCCUGUCUGUUAACCAUGGUCUGCUAGCUCUGCACACACACUUAAAGCAGGAUGAUAAUAGUGUGUUACAAAAAAAACAUGGUGAAUUCUGGAUGGAGGUGAAAAACGGGACGCUGUUUGGCGUAACGCAACAUGAAGGCUAUAAAGACCAGCAUUAUGUCUGCUUCCACACAUCUCAGGCCUGCCUCUAUCACCACGGCACGGUGGAAGGGGAUGCCCCUGAGUGGAGUGUUAAUUUGCCCUGCAGGACGCGUCCUCUUUGGCUAGAGCGUGUUAUGUAUGCGUCUGAAUCUGCCCCAGAGAGGGCGUCUCCCUCUGAAGGGCUCAGUUUGGAGCCCCACAGCAUGCUGUCUGUCGCUGUUAAAAUUUCCUCCCACAACACUGAGCGCAACGUCAAGGAGUUUCUCAUAGCCAUUGGCAUGAGGGGAGUCACACUGGAACACAGAGUGGUGCCUUCAAGUCUGGGCUGGUAUGACCAGAUAGUUGACUUUUUAAAUGUGUCAGAUGAGCCGGUGCUUGGCUACACACCCCCUUCAUCUGUGUCCACCCUCCACCUGCAUCUAUGGAGCUGCUCCCUGGAUUAUAGACCUUUGUAUUUACCUGUGAGAUCUCUGCUGACUGUGGAGACCUUUAGCAUCUCCAGCAGUGUGUCUUUAGAUCACUCUUCCUCCAGUUUGAGAAUAAUUUUAGAUGAAGCUGCAUUGUUUCUGUCUGACAAGAUCAACGCUGUGUCUGUUAAUCUGGCACGAGAUUAUGUGCAGGUGGUUGAUAUGGGGACUCUGGAACUGAGGAUCACUGCAGUCAAACCAGGAGCAGAUGGCAAAAUGACAGAGCCAAGGUUUGAGCUGCGUUGCUCAAGUGAUGUUAUUCACAUUCGCACCUGUUCAGACUCCUGUGCCGCUCUUAUGAACCUUAUUCAGUACAUAGCCAGCUAUGGAGAUCUCCUGCCCCCUUCUGGACAGGAGGCCAAGCGCAGAAGCACUAAACAAAGGGUUAAGACAGAAGCAGCGAGCCGCCCACCAGCUCCGGCACCUCUACUUCCUGAAGCGGAGCAGCAGAUUCUUCAGGAUCUGAUGAGUGAUGCAAUGGAAGAGACAGACAGCCUGCAGAGCCAUAUGCUGCAACAGAACGGUAUCAACGAAGACCAUUCACAUGAUCAUGAGCCACCCCGUUCUGACCUCUUCCUUUUCCCUGAUGAGAGUGGAAACCUGGGGCAGGACCCGAGCCCCACGUACCCAACCCUGCACUCCCCACUCAUCUCUCCCCCUGCCCCCUCUGUGGUCCACGACUCUGAUGACUUCUGCAUCCUGGACACGCCGGGCUCUAGAAUAGAGGAACGGGAUGAGGAGCCUGUGGUAAAGAAGCUAACCUCUGAACCUAUCCUGGUGAAGGAAGAACAUUUCAGUGUCCCCCUGGAGGGCAGCACCUCGAAUAAGGGGCCGCUUCAUUUCCCUGUGCCGGAAAUCAGAUACCUGGUCAAAGAGAUCUCUGUAGUGUGGCACCUCUACGGAGGAAAGGACUUUGGCGGUGGCGCACUGUCCUCAUCACCAGCUCGCAGUCAAGGGUGCACUCCUCACAGUUCUCCAUCACAGACUCCUGUAAGACAGGUGAGAAGAGGCUCCCGUGCUGGAGGAUGGGGCAGAAACCCUGAUGUUCUGAUGGAGAUUCAACUCAGUAAGGUGCGGUUCCAGCAUGAAGUGUAUCCUCAGAUUGCUCCAGAGGCAGGCGUUUUGACGGAGCAGCCGGUGUCCAGACAGGUGUUCUCAGUGCAGGAUCUGGAGAUACGAGACAGGCUGGCCUCUUCUAUGAUGAACAAGUUCCUCUAUCUGUACUCCAGUAAAGAGAUGCCCAGGAAAGCUCACUCCAACAUGUUGACCAUCAGAGCCCUACACGUAUGUGCGGAAGCAGGACAGGCACCUCAGGAGUGCUGUCUACGUGUGUCACUAAUGCCCCUCCGUCUGAACAUUGAUCAGGAUGCAUUGUUCUUCUUGAAGAACUUCUUCACCAGUCUGGCAGCAGAGGUUGAACUGUUUUCCCCACCAGAGCAGGAAGCAUUCUGUGUAUCAAUGAAGAAGCCUCCUGGCCCGGAGGUUUCCUGCAGUUUUUCCAAGUACAACGGUGCAACGGCUCAAGACCCUGCGCCCAUCAUCUCAGUGCCAACACAAAGCCGCGCCAGUCCAAGCCUCCUCCGCACCUGCAGCCAAGACAGCACUGCUGAGACAGACACUGCCUCCACAUCUUUCACAGAUCAGCCCAUAUUCUUCAGAGAGUUCCGAUUCACUUCAGAGGUGCCAAUUCGAUUAGACUACCAUGGAAAACACAUGGCCAUGGAGCAGGGCACAUUUGCUGGUAUUGUGAUUGGACUGACACAACUGAACUGCUCAGAGCUUAAAUUACGUCGCCUGUGUUACAGACAAGGGUUAUUGGGUGUUGACAAACUCUUUUCAUAUGCCAUUAAUGAGUGGCUAAAUGACAUAAAGAAGAACCAGUUGCCAGGGCUUUUGGGAGGCGUGGGGCCUAUUCAUUCCUUGGUUCAGCUAGUUCAGGGUUUUAGGGAUCUAGUUUGGCUGCCAAUUGAGCAGUACCGUAAGGAUGGACGAAUAGUGCGUGGCUUUCAACGGGGCACAGCUUCCUUCGGAACCUCCACCGCAAUGGCUGCUCUGGAGCUCACCAAUCGGAUGGUGCGAACAAUACAGGCGGCUGCUGAAACGGCUUAUGACAUGGUCUCUCCAGUGCCAGAUGAGAAAGAAUCCAAAAAGAUUAAACGGUACUCACAUUACUGUCUGGCCCAUCAGCCAGUGGACCUCAGAGAAGGAGUGGCCAAGGCAUACAGCGUAGUAAAAGAGGGCAUUACCGACACAGCUCUGACCAUUUAUGACACUGCGACACGUGAACAUGAACAGAGGGGCAUGACAGGCGCUGUGGGCGGAGUCCUGCGGCAGCUUCCUCCAGCUGUUGUUAAACCUCUUAUCGUUGCCACAGAAGCAACGUCCAAUGUGCUGGGAGGCAUGAGGAACCAGAUUCAGCCAGAUGCACGUCAGGAAGAGUCCCAAAAAUGGCGCCUAGGAGAAGAGUGAGCUCUCUUCACUGAAAUUUACUCUGCUGGCCUGCAUUACAUCAAAAUUGAUAUUCAUACUGGCCUUUCAGCCCAGAUAUGUGUGUUGGAUUAUAUGUAUUGGUGUGUUAAUGCUUGUAAAGAUCAUAUGAGACCAGUUUUUCUGUUUUGCUGCUUAUGCUUUAGUUUAAAGCGGUCGUGGUGUUUGAGUGACAGACAGCUAGAGGCUGUGAUAGCACAAAUAUAACCCCCAAAUGAAGUAUCGGAGAAAGACUGGAGCUUUUUUCUCAACAGCACUUGUGCUUGACAUUUAAUGUAACUGGAGUCAUUGAGCCGCAGAACUGGAGACGCACAGCUCCCGCUGGAGUAGAUUUAACUAGAUUUGUCUCGUCUCAGCCCCCUAUCAAACGUCCUUGUAGUGCCUUCAUGUCAUAGUUUAUUAAUAUCAUACGUUUAUCUGUUUUAUGAAUGAGGUGGUGUAGUGUCUUGUAGGGAACAAGAUUUCUGUGCCAUGGGUUUUCUCAUCAUUUAAUUUUAAACAGGUCUAUUACAACAGCAUUCAAGUAAUUUAAAAUGUGACUUGUGUUGGUUACGUCAUGACGUCUUAUGUUGGAUGCAAGGGAGAAUCUCACAAAAAGUCAGGGUCAUAUUUCACCCCAAAAUCAAAAGGCAACCCCCCCCCACACACACACACAUAUAUUCUUAUUACUGUAACAGUCAUAUUAUAAUGUUAAAAAUAAAAUCAACUUAAAUUACAACAAAUACUGCUAUGAUGUAUACUUUACUGCUGAUUCAUAUAUUGUCUCACAUGCAGAACUGAGAAUUCAAGAAUUGUGCCUAAUUUGAUUAAAAUAAUAUUAGUGCAAAAUAAUCCUAAAAUUUAAAAAAAUAUUUUUUAUUUUAUUCUUUUGAAUUUGGGGUGCCAUUUCUUGACAGUUUUUUGUGAGAUUUAAAAUCUAAACCUAAAAAAUACUCAAGUUAUUGUAAACUAUCAAAAGGGCAAAAAUGAGCCAUUUAGUAGCAUCAUUCUUUUUAUUUCUACUACAAUAAUCAUCUCUUACCUAACCACACUUUUAACUAUUUAAAUGGAAGACACUGACUCUUAAUUUGCACCGGAUCGAUUUCUAUGGCUUAAGUAACUCAAUAUGGUGUAGUGUUUCUCCUUACAGAUACUGUGUUAGAAACUAGUCUUCAAACGUGGAAUGUUUUGCGGUUAUUAUUUACCACUUGCACUUUGUACUUAAGUGAUCCCAGAAGUUUUCUUUUUUUGUUUACAAUUCUAUUAAGCUGUCAAGACGGCAUCUGCUUGAGUGACAUUCCCUAAGCAUCUGCAUUACAAAAGAAGUCUUAUGAAAUUAAUCUUUCUUUAGAUUGACACAGAUUGUCUAUAUAGUUUACCUUUUUGUUGAAACUGUCAAAUAGACAAGAAUUUUAAUAUUCUGUUCUUCAUGAUUAUCAAUAUCGUAGUUUGACAGAUUUUUUUUUUUGUCUUCAUGACAUCAUUGCUCUUGUGUGAGUAAAUGUUAGUUUGAUAUGCCACAAAAUUGAGAAAUGACAGCUAAUUAUAGCUUCAUAUUCCAAACACUUCCUAAGUCAAAUGAUGUGUUAAUAUUUAUUGUACUUUUUUUUUUUUUUUUUCUCGUUCAAGUGGUAAUAUUUCUUGUACAUAGAUGUACAGGUAAUUUUCCCAGUUUAUACAAAAGCAUGUAUUAUCAAGAAAGGGAAAUAAAUUAUUUAAUGUCA